AUGAAACGCCCACGGUCCCGACCGAGUAGACAUCUGGAAAGUGACCGUGAUACGGAUAUUACGAGCAGCAGCACCGACUCAGAUAGCCGGUGCGACGCCGCUUACGAAACGGAUUUGACGGAGCCGGACGAUACACUGAGCCCACCGAAACAUCAUCGGUCGAUCGAAAGUGCAUCCGCUCCAGGAGGACCUGAUGGCGAUGGAGUGAUGUACGACGAUCCCCUUGAUGAUACCGGGAUCGAUCUGUCUGAAAUUCCCGAAGAUUUCGAUAAAGCCGAAGGGACAAUCGUACGGCGAGAACGAAUUGAGAGCCGCUGGAAAAGGUACUGCAUUAGCAGAACACGCCUAGAGCCUAAGGUGCAAAAGUGGCGGAAUCCUGAAGAAGCCCUGCGCCAGGCGUCCAACAAUGACAUGUAUCGGUUCCUAGGCUGGUGUCUCAAGCUCGAGCGAGGAGAGAAGGGCCGUCACUUAAAGGGCAUCCACAAAUCAAGUUCAUUGGAAGCGGACUGGAAAAACCUCCGUGGAUAUUACCAGAGGUUAACCCAGACCCGGAUCAAUGAUCACGAUGGGUCGGAAGUGCGCAGGGGCCUCAAAUAUCUCGUCCACGAGAAUGGGCUAGAUACCCAGCCCGCAAAGAAGACGCCGGUUUAUAUCGAGGAUAUCGGUCCAUUUAACGAAACUAUUCUAUCGACUCAGGAGAAGAAGUUCCACCUCGGGUUCCAGCGCAUCCAAUUCAAGGAUCUUCAAAUCUCCCUUCAAAAGGAUCCCCACGGCGGACCUCCGGUUCCUCUGAUUGAGCUUACAGCGGAAGGAGUCAAGAAGUUUCUUGGACAGACUAAACUAACCACCUUUGCACUCCCGGAAGUGAUCUACGGGCCGUCAUUGGUUCUGUGCCCGCACACGCUGCUGUUUGGGAUCCUUUUCCAUGCUCGGGCGUUCCGCAACCCAAACCUGACCUCGAAAGCUAAGCUUCGCAAUCUCUUUAUCAGCAAAGGCUGCGAACAGCUCCUGGUGCCAAUUGACCGGAGCAAAGCUGAUUGGUAUAUAUUCUCCAAAACCGAAUUAGUCAAAGGGGUUCCGACUAUUCAGUGGACAAAGCCGAUGUCGAAGUCAGCUAUGUCGAGCAUGCUAGUUACUUUCGGGGAGAUUCGUGGCUGGAAAGGGGCAUUCCAUGCACAUCAGUUCCGAUACGGAAGCGGCAAGGUGGUCAAUGAGAGUGGGUGGGUCAGCAAGGAACAACAUAUGCUGAUUAUGAAACACGCCAGUCCCCGGACCUUUCUUAACCAUUACCAUCCUCUGCAGCUCGACACCGAUAUGAUCCGGGUCAUCUGCGGCCUUGACCCUGACGUGGAAUUGAUGCGGGCCGUCACGCGGCAGAGCCGUUGGCGAGACACGCGGCGGCCACGGUAUCUGACCAAACAGCAGAGAGCCCAGGUAGAGGAUCAUUCCGAUAUGGAAGAGGCCCGUCGCAAGCUGGACAACGCUCGUGCUCUUUACGAGGAGUCUCAGCAACCGAACUUACUGAACCGGGUCCGCCAACGUGAGAAAGAGUUGAAGAACACGCGUCAACGGCUGUUGAGGGCCUUACGGCAGCAAGUCCGAGAGAACUUUGACGAAGAGCAAGCAUUUCUGGACAUCGAGGCGCAGUUGUCUGGUACAGCAGUAAAAGAAGAUAGCAAGGCCGAAGAAUUGUUUUUACAGGAUGACAUGCAUCCUCUCCAGCUGCUGCUUCUUCAGCGACUUCUCUCGUACCCGACAUCCAACUCUGUGGAAGAUGAAUGGAAACGGCGCGAUGAUGCUGUGGACGCUGUUGUGCAGUAUUGUGGCGUCCUAGAAGGUGGCCCACUUCGUGGCCGUCCUAAGCAGAUCACCGCAAAAUCCAUCCCAUCGACGGGCUCUGAGCCUGACCUCGACGGCUCGUCUGACGCUAGAGACAGCCUUAACGAGAACACGGGGGCCACACUCUCUCCACGCGAUGAGCUCUUCCGUGCAACACAGAACCAUCUUACAGACACUUCGAAAAAGCCGCGUGCUUGCUUCCAAUGCUUCGCAAACGAGAAACUGCCUGACAAGACUCGUUGCUUCGAGCAGGUCACAAAGCCGUACGGUCUCCAUUACGGAGCAGCGAAAGCAUUCAAUGACAGCCCGGACGUUACCAACGAGCUCCAAAACGUGAUGUUGCAGCAUGCUAGCAUCAACACUUUCGUCAAACACUAUAGCGUGGGCAUCCACGUUGACGCUCAGGCGAUUGCUCGGGGACUGCCAGCUCAAAAGCAGCUGAUGCGGUUUGCAGCGUCCAUGAGCCGGUCAAUCGACCCCUGUCGGCCUUACAAAUUAGAGGACACUAGCGUUGUCAACAAGGUCCCACGCGUGCGUGAUCUGCAGCAGCGACAAAAGAAAGUGAAAAAGGAGCUGCAACGCCCCGCUCGUCAGGCACUCAACAGUGUAGAGCGGCUGGAAAAAGAGUACAAGCGCGCGACCCAAAGGUAUAGCCGGGCGCAGCGUGUGUCUCGGAAUGAGUGGCAACGACAACGUAACCGCUUAGUGCGUGAGAAUUUGGAACGAUAUAAGAACGAGCAGCCGGUGAUUGACAGUGAGAGGCAACUUGCUGGAAAGGUGGUGGAUGAAGAGGUGAUGGGUGCUUUGGAGCGGACAGGAUAUAUGACCCCCCAGCAUAUGAUAUUGAUCGACACAGUCCUGACCAUGCCGGGCUCAACUGUCGAAAAGGAGUAUCAGCGCCGGAUUGCUGCAAUUAAUGCGGUUAUUGCUUUCUGUGAUGUGGAAGAGGGAUCACCCACGAGGCGACCAAACGUUACGCAGAAACGUCGCGCCGUGGACGUCUUACCAUCUACUCCCCCUGCGAAAAGGCAAGAAUGCCCUUCACCUAAGGAACAAAAGACCGCUCUUUCUCAAGCAAUUGCGUCUGUCUGCAUUAAAGCUCGACAUGAACGGCCGACGAUUUGCUUUCUUUGCCUGGGAAAUCCUCGUAUGCCGGAACGUGAACGAGUCAAAAACUUUGGUACCCCUGGGUCCCUCGGCCGCCACUUUGUUGACAUUCACGUCAUACCAUAUCUGAAAGACAUGCGGGUUAAAUGCAGUAUCUGCGAGGAAGAGUUAGAGAGUAAAUCGGCAUUGAUGAACCAUGCUGAGAGAGUGCAUGGAACUGUAUCACGUCGGCCGUUGUCUGCCCUUAGCCCAAUUUAG